AGCUCUGAAGCCCUAUUUUGUAAAGGGGCUGCUCUAGCUCACCUCCAGAGAUAUAUUACAGCACUGCUUUCCAUCAUUAUCCACAUCUUCAUCCUAUUCCAGGUACCUUCGUUUUCACUUCAAUACAACCUCUCUCUCUCUCUCGCUCUCUACUCUAACUUUAACCCUAAUAUCUCUAAUUCUUACAAAUUUUCACCCAAUAUCAACAUGCAGUUUAACUUCUUCGCUAUCAUUGCCUUCUUGGCCACUUCUGCUCUCGCUACCGAGACUGUUACUGUAACUGUCUGUUCAACUACCUCAGCCUAUCCUUCCACCGGAUACUCAAUGCCAACAUCUCCUGCCUCUCCAUCUUCUGGAUACGGCUCUAACCCAGGUUACGGUUCAAACCCAGGCUCCGGUUCCGGCUCAGGAUCAGGAUCUUCCGGCACUGGUGCCUACUCCUACCCGGAACCAAGCAACCCUCCUAUGCCAUACACCGGAGCUGCCAGCGUUAAUGGAGUAUCCGGCAUGGCUGCCAUCGCAGUUAUUGGUGGCAUGGCACUAGUAAGAUUGCCCUUUCAAGAAAUUUCGUGGCUAACACUAGAAGUUGAUCUAAAUUAA